UUACCAAUCAGCCAUUGGCUCGUCUAUUCAGAAGGCGGGAUUUCUUCUUUGCGCGUUGCACAGUGAGUGCACUUUCUCUCACACUUGCAAUAGGAGUGCGUGAAAUGAGCGAAAAUGUCGGUUAAUUGUCCAUCCCUGUCGAGUUUUUCCACGGUGAACUAAUUCAGAAAGUAACUGAAGCUGGAAUACAGAUUAACGAAGAAGAGGCAAGGAAAUUCAGGGUUAUUCGUCUAUAACUGUUGUGAUUUUCUGUGAUCAGAAAAGGACGUUGAUGGAGAAACAGUGGAUUGUGGACUCACUGAAGCCAUGGUUGGCUACCUGUUUGAUGGUUCCUUCAAAAAGCAACUAAAAUUUCAACAAUUUGUACGCCAUUACAAGGAGAAUGAGACCAUUGUUGUAUUGGAGCCAGUACCAGUUGAAGUCGCUCAGUCUACGGCAGAACUCCAACCUCAUCCUUCCACUGAUCCAAGUGUUGAAGCAGCUCACAGGGGACUACCUAUUGUGACUGUCAUUCCAACCUUUCCCAAAGAUGUCCAGGCGAGACUUGACAUCAAGGAACCAUGUCACACAGUGCCAAAAGUACGCAACAAAAUAAUAAGAACGCUGUAUGAAAUGAUGGCAGAAUACACUUUGUAUCCAACUAAUGCAGAGUAUAUUCAAGUUGCCAAGGCACUGAUAGUGAAAUACCCUUUCCUGAGGGAUAAGGAGGGAAAUGGCUAUGAAUCUUGUUUUGGGGAGGAUUCAACGUUUGUUGAGGCCCAUGUGAACGUUCUACAAAGUGAGUAUCAGAAGAAACAUCCAGACAUCCCGACUGUCAAAGACCGCAUGGCACAAACAUUCUCCUGGAGACGUCGAGAAAUCAUGGAAGGAAUGUCUGUGGAGGAUGUAGUCAAAAAUUUUUUGAUGAGAUUGACCGAAUCCAUCCCUCACCAAGCAGCUUCUGUCAUCGCUUCAGAGAGGGCUUUGCUAGAGUUCUGCCAAAUGUGCUGAAACUUGCCACAGCAAAAUCCCCCCUAGCAAAACAGUACACUGAAACAAGACAGGAUGCCCUGGCUGAAGAUCUACCAGGAAUUGACUUAAGGGCUGGGCUUAUCUUCUUGCCAUCCAUCUUCAGAGAAAAGAUCGAACACUACAUUACUAUGAAAGAGGAGGACCCUGCUACCCCCUUUCCAACCAUUCAACUGAUGGAGAAUGAUUGGAAGAUGGCAAUCAUUAGAAGAGGGCACAGCGUGGUGAAGGUGAAUGGCAUGGUUGUGUGCCAGUGCACCAGCCUAGACGAGGCCUUCAUGACUGCCUUCUGUAUGUAUUUUACUUUUAACAUCACAUAUCCACCACACCUGAAGAACACUCUCACUUUCCUUCGGAGGUGCAUUGUCAACAUCGGGGAAGAGGGAGACAAGCCACUGCCAGUCACUUUACUAAGGAUGAUAAACCUUUUAUAUUAAAUCCUCAUGCUUCAAAUGUACCAUUGCAUAAAGUGCACACGGAGGACAUUCAGUCUCGUUAAAUUAAUCCAACAUGUUGGAAUCGUUCAUGCGCAUCAAUCACAUUUUAAUAUCACCUGUAGUAUAAAUGAGUGCCAGUCAACUUUUUUGCGUUAUCAUUCUUAUAGAAAACAUGUUUACAGGAAGCACAGAUUGGGCCCGAUGAUUUCAGUUUUGUAAUUAAGCUCUAAAGGAAUUGAAACGCAUUGUACAUGUUCAUUUGAAAUAUUUUUAACAGGUUUAAUACAGAAUAUCCAGUAUAUGAGUAACAUUUAAGUUGCUAAUGUUUGGUCAUUUAUACUUAUACAAAAAUUGUUGUAUUUUGUUUAAAAACAUGAACUACAUAUGUGUUUAGCACACAAAACUGAUUAAUUGUUCAUUGUGCAUGAUAUCCCAUUCUGAAGUGUUAAUUGAAAUUAAGUUUUUGGGUGAACUGUCUGUUUAAUGCAAGUAUUGUGUCCAGAUUGUCAGAAAUGUGGUUUUAAUGUUUAAAAUACAAGUUGACAUACUGAUAAUUAGCGAUGGGUGGUCUAAAGAGGGAUAGAAGUAAAAAAAAAAAAAAAAAGUUGCAAAAGCUCGAGGAUAGGAUGUGUUAAAAUGCUUUAGAGUUUAGUAUUUAAAACUAAUUGUGUUUAUGCUCUGAAGGAAUUGAUAUGCAUUGUACAUGUUUAUUUGAAAUAUUUUAAGCGGUUUUAUACAGAACAUCUAGUAUAUGAGUUGAAUGGCUAAUGUUCUGUAUUUUAUUCAAGAAUUGUUACAUUUUGUUUAAAUGCUUGUAAAACAUGCACUACCUAUGUUUAGCACAUAAAACUGAUGAAUUAACUGUUCAUUUGGCAUGAUGAUUUCAUUUCUGAAGCAAUUGAAAUUCUAUGUUAAUUGAAUUUUUAAUGUGUGGUACAGAAUAUCCAGUAUGAAUUAUAAAACUGAAUUUAGAAUGUUCUGUACUUUUAUA